GAAAAGCCCUAAGCAAAGCUUCUUCUUGAGCUUUUUUUGUCUUUGGUCAUCAAUGGAAGCUUCUCUACCCGAAGAAGUGCUUCAGCCGCUGCUACAUGCGUCGGAUUUAUCAUACUCUCUAGAAGGUUGCUUGAAGUUUCUUCUAGAGUCUUCCAAGACCGAUUCAGGCCGUUCCGAUCUCGCUUCCAAGUGUAUCCUUCCGUCGAUCCUCCGUCUUCUUCAGCUUCUUCCUUACCCAUCUUCCCGCCAUUAUCUAAAUCUCUCUCUGAAAGUCCUCCGCAACCUAUGCGCCGGCGAGGUUUCGAAUCAGAACUCUUUCGUCGAUCACGACGGUUCUGUUAUCGUCUCCGAGUUGCUUGAUUCCGCCAUUGCAGAGAAAAUCACGGAUUUUGAAACUGUUAGGUUCGGAUUGCAGGUUCUAGCGAACGUUGUAUUGUUCGGAGAGAAACGUCAGAGAGACGUGUGGCUCCGCUUUUUCCCGGAGAGGUUCUUAUCAAUCGCUAAGAUAAGGAGGCGUGAAACCUGUGAUCCUCUGUGUAUGAUUUUGUAUACGUGCUUUGAUGGAAGCUCAGAGAUUGCUUCAGAGCUUUGCAGCAGCGAAGGGCUCACCAUCAUCGCUGAAACUCUACGGACUUCAUCUUCCGUUGGGUCUGUGGAGGAUUAUUGGCUCAAAUUACUGGUUUCGAGAAUCUGUGUCGAAGACGAUUACUUCCCCAAGCUCUUCUCCAAGUUAUACAAAGUUGAAACGGUACUAAAUACUGAAAAUGAGAAAUUUACAUCAGAGCAAGCCUUUCUUCUGAGGAUUGUGUCUGAUAUUGCAAAUGAGCGGAUAGGAAAAGUGGCAAUCCCCAAGGAUACAGCUUCUUCAAUUCUCGGAUUAUUUAAGCAAUCAGUUGACGUUUUCGAUUUUGUUUCGGGUGAAAGAUCCGAGCUUCCAACGGGUUCAACUAUAGUAGACGUGAUGGGCUACUCUCUGGUGAUUAUAAGGGAUGCUUGCGCUGGAGGAAGCCUUGAAGAACUCAACAAGGACAACAAGGAUUCCGGUGAUACUGUUGAGUUGCUCUUGUCCUCUGGACUAAUAGAGCUCCUCCUUGAUCUGCUUCGCAAACUUGAUCCUCCAACAACUAUAAAGAAGGCUCUAAACCAGAGUCCUACUUCUUCUUCUUCAUUUAAGCCCUGCCCUUACAGAGGAUUCAGGAGAGAUAUUGUGUCGGUGAUUGGGAACUGUGCGUAUAGAAGAAAAGAGGUACAAGAUGAGAUCAGGGAGAGAGAUGGGCUCGUCCUAAUGUUGCAGCAGUGUGUGACCGAUGAUGAGAACCCGUUCUUGAGAGAAUGGGGCUUGUGGUGUGUGAGAAAUUUGCUAGAAGGGAACCCAGAAAACCAGGAGGUGGUGGCUGAGUUGGAGAUUAAAGGCUCUGUGGAUGUGCCUCAACUCCGUGAAAUUGGUCUCAGAGUUGAAAUUGAUCCUAAAACAGCCAGGCCAAAGCUUGUCAACGACACCUGAAGCUUCUUUGCCAUGGCUGAUGCAAUCUAUAUAUGUGUUGUUUCCAUAUACAUGAUUUCUUAUUCUAAUUAGAAUUUGGAUUAAGUAGUUUAUUUUUUCACCAAAGACUAAGUAUUCGCUGAUGUAAUUUUUACUUGUUAUUCAAACUUUGUUUAUUUACAAA